UUGGUGUAUAGCAUCGAACUCGCUAAGGAGCAAUUGGACUGGGCGCUAGUCUGCUUAAGAAACUGGUCUGUGUGCAAGGAAAAUGGAAGCUAUUGCAACGGGAGAUGUAGACCUGAACUGUCCUCACAACUGCAACAACCAUAACACUCAUUUCUUUGGCACUGACAAACAAAUAGUGAGGAGAGGCCAGGCCUUCAACUUUUAUGUGAACUUCCAAAAUCGGGAAUGGGAUGACUCCAGGGACACCAUUUCCUUCACUGUGGAGACAGGCCUCAGACCCUGUGAGUCAAAUGGGACGAAGUGCAACUUCUCUUUAGGCAAAUGUAUAGAUCACAGCUGCUGGAGUGCUUGCUACAAACCUCAUCAAAAAAGGUGCAUGAACAUCACCCUGUUUCCACCAACCAAUGCCUGUAUUGGCCGCCAUAUUCUCAACAUGCACGUCACAUCUUGUAAUCGCACAUAUGACCGGUGCCUAGGAGACUUUUACAUCCUCUUUAAUCCUUGGUGUGCUGAUGAUGCUGUGUAUAUGUACAAUGAGGCCCACAGAAAAGAAUAUGUCCUGAAUGAACAAGGAAUGCUGUACCAGGGAGUUCACAAGCACAUUACUUCUAGACCGUGGCACUUUGGACAGUUUGAAGAUGGCAUUUUGGAUAUCUGCCUGAAACUCCUGGAUAUGGGUGCAAAUUACCAUCAUGACUCUGACCGAGAAAGUAGUUGGCGCAAUGAUCCUGUGCAUGUCAGCAUGGUGGUAAACCACAUGAUCUGUGGCCAUAGCAGUAACAGCAUCAUGAAGCUCCCACAGAACAAUGAUUACCUGCAGGGGGCUAAACCACUGUCAUGGAAUGGAAGUGUUCCCAUCCUUCAGCAGUGGUAUAAAGGGAGAUGCAGGCCAGUCAGAUAUGGAGACUCUGCAUCUCUUGCAUCAGUAAUGUGCACAGUGAUGAGGUGUUUGGGAAUCCCAAGCCGUGUUGUCACAAACUUCUAUUCUCCUCAACGUGCUGAGAACCCUCUUGUUGUCAAUGAACUUUUUGACUGUACUGGCAAAACCCUGCGUGGCAAAGACAGUCUUUGGAGCUACCACUGCUGGAAUGAAUCUUGGAUGGCCCGCAGAGAUCUAAAUCAAUGUUGUGGUGAUUGGCAGUGUCUGGAUCCAACACCCCUGGAGACUGGUAGAGGUUCAAUAUGCUGUGGUCCUACUUGGGUCAGAAGCAUCAAAGAUGGAGAUCUGGACUUGGACUAUGACGGCCAUCAUAUAUUCUCUCGGCUGAAUGCAAGCUGUGUCGGCUGGCUUUCCCAAGGCUCUGUCUCAAAGACAAAACUAUACUGUGACACUUGGCCUUGUGGGCAAUACAUCAGCACCAAGUGCAUUGGUAGUGACCUACGUGAGGAUAUCACCAGAGCUUACAAGUAUGAAUUAGGUUCUCUGAAAGACAAAGAAGCAUUUUACAGAGCUUAUAGAAAAAUCCAUUCUGGAUACUGUAAUGCUCCCAAUUCAGAUAUAGACAGAGAGUUAGCAUCUCUCCGAAGCCCAUUCCUAAGUGAUGCUGGUAUUGCUAUGAGGCUUAAGAUGGCUAAUUGCCCUGUAUAUGGCCAAGAUGUCUGUCUGCAAUGGGUGCUUGAAAAUUUACGUAAGGAGCCCAAGAACCUGAAUUUCAACUUGUGUGCUCAGGUGAUGACAUGCAAUGGAUGUCCAUUGGAUCAGUUCUGGAAGGACAAUAUGAAUGUCAUUCUGGGUCCAAGGGAAGUGAAAACAAUUCCACUACACAUACCAUUUGACCAGUAUAGGUCUCAUCUCUCGGACUACAACAUUAUGAGAGUGGUAGCUAUCUCAGAAUCAGAAUGUGGUGGUGAAGUCCUGAUGGUGAACAGAGAUAUUGUGAUUGACAAGCCUCCUGUUGAUAUUAAGCUCCUAGGUAAACCCAGGGUGCAUGCUACGUGCACUGCAGAGAUCUCCUUCUGCAAUCCCCUCCAGGAGAACCUGAGGAACUGUGUACUGAACCUGGAAGGUUGUGGACUGUUCAAAGAGCCAACAACUAUUGAUUUGGGAACACUGGCUGCUAAUCAUCAGGCACGAACCAUAGUGGAGUUUACACCUUACAGGGAAGGCUGUCACCAGCUCCUGGCCAACUUCAGAUGCCACAAGUUUGGCUACUGCAAAGGAUAUGCCAAUGCUGUUGUGUGCGGCUCUGCCCCCCAGGUUGUGUGCGGCUCUGCCCCCCAGGUUGUGUGCGGCUCUGCCCCCCAAGUCGUGUCCGGCUCUGCCCCCCAAGUCGUGUCCGGCUCUGCCCCCCAAGUCGUGUGCGGCUCUGCCCCACAGACUGUGUGUGGCUCUGCCCCCCAGAUUGAGUGUGGCUCUGCCCCACAGGUCGUGUGCGACUCCAACCCCCAGUCUGCAUGCGACUAUGUGUGCAUCCCUGUGUGCAACUCUGGGUAUGGCCCUGCGGGUGACUCUGGUGGCCCCCUCGUAUAUGAUUAUGUGUGCCUCCCUGUUGGCCACCCCAUGUGCGAGUCUGUGUACCGUGCUGCGGCUGCCAAUGCCCCCUACUCCAUGAGUGAUAGUGUGUCCCGCUCUGUGUGUGACAAUGUGUCCCGCCUCUUGGGAGUCCCGGUUUCUUUCUCUAUGAGUGAUCCCAGGUCCGCUCCAGCAUCCCAUCCCAUGUCUGCCCAAGUGGUUCAAGGUAUGUGUGGCUCUCUUCCCACUCCAGCAUCCUACCCCAUGUGUGCCCCAGUGGUUCAAGGCAUGUGUGGCACUAUGCCCACUCCCCCAUCCUACGCCAUGAGUCUCCAAAUGCCUUCAGCUAUGGGUGUCUCUGUGCCCACCCCACCAUCUUAUGCCAUGAGUCUCCAAAUGCCUUCAGCUGUGUGUAGCUCUGGGCCCACUCCAUCGUCCUACUCCACGAGUGUCCCAAUGACUGAAGCUGCGUGUGGCUCCAUGCCCGCUCCAGUGUCCCACCCCACAUGUGGACCAGUGUCUCAAUCUGUGUCUGGCGCUGUGUGCGCCCCAGUGUCUCGCUUUGCAUCCCAAUCUUUGAGCCCCCCAGUGGCCCGCUCGGUGUGCACCCCAGUGUCUCGCUUUGCGGCCCGCUCCGUGUGUGCCCCAGUGUCUCGCCCCGCGGCUCGCUCUGUGAGUGUCCCAACGGCCCGCUCUGUGUGUGGCUCCAAGUGGGGCCCUUCAUGCAACACAGUGUCCCGCUCUGCAAGGGGCUUGGCCUCCCAUACUAUGUGGAACUCCACAUGGGUCCCUGCAUCCUACUCGGCACGGAGCUCCACAUUGCGCUCUGCAUAUGGUACUCUGCCUCAUACUGAACCUCAGGCUGCAUAUGGCACUCUGUCCCGCUCUGUGCCCCUCUCUGCCUAUGGCUCUCUGUGCCGUUCUGAUGCUUACUCUACAUAUGGCCCCCUCUCCCGCCCUGCCACCACAUCUACCUAUGGCACACUCUCUCGCCCUGCCCCCCACUCUACAUAUGACACCCUGUCCCACUCAGCGCCCCGCUCUAAAUAUAACACUCUGCCCCGUUCUGCCUGGGCUCUGACAAGGGCACGCUAAGCUGUUCUGAAUGCAAAUAUCUAUAAUCAAAAAUAGACAAAUGGAGAUUGAAGCAACUAAAUGUAGUUAUACAGGAAGAUAUUUUGAAGUAGUAAUUGUAUUCUUACGGCGAGAGGAAUAGACAAGAUAAUAAAGAAUAGGAUUUGUGGUUCUGGCCAUUUAUAUACACUUCUGAGGAGUGCCAGGAUUAAGCAUGCACCCAGCAACAGAGAAGUGCAAUUAAUACUGUGUUAGAACCACCUGGAAUAUGAUACUUUCUUUAUAACAAAUGAGCAUGCUCCCAGUCAGGACCGCUCGGUCUCAUAAUCACACAGCUCAGAAUCCUCAUCGGCCAAUCAGGUUGCUUUCUCAGCCUAAUGACUUUAUAAAUGACAUCCUCUCUCCCAUUGAUUUCUCAGCAGUAUGCACUGCUCACCUAGUUGUGAGUCCUGCUGAGCUUCACUGCUCACACCAGAUUUAAAUCUCUCCAUCUCCAUAUCAACCUCAGGAUUAUUUAAGUAAAUGUAACUCUGGUAGUAUAUCAGUAACAGAGACUGCCACCUCUUUUAAGUCUUGCUUAAGAGGCUUUGGACCCUUAGCUGCUGAUAUUAGUAUGUUACAGGUCAGCUUUAAAUGCUGCCAUCAGGCAAUUAGAAUUGUGGAGGUCACGCCCAAACCCUCUUUGCCAAAUUUGCCCCUGCUUCAAAUAAACUCGGGUUAAAAGAGUUACUCUAGGGAUAUAUUUGGAUUCAUAGGUCUGGCCAGAUUCCAUUCCCAGUGUCAAAAAUCCAGUGAGUCCAAUUAUAGAGGCUGCAAAAUUUAGUGAGCAACUUUAACUGCUUUGGUCUUUGCAAGUGACCAUAUAGUUGUUGUACAGUAUAUUCCGGUAUGGUCCUUUCUGUAUAUAUUUUGGGUGUUCAGGCCUUCGUUCUAGGCCCACAUCAUGGAUUUCAUGAGAACAGAGUAAAACAUUAUUGCUAAGACAUUUCUGACACAGUGUUUGAAUUGGGGAAAGAAAACAGCCACCGAAAAACUGAGGAAAUCUUAUAGCACUACUACCUAAAUCUCUCAUUUCAACACGGAUCUCUUCCCACAGCUUUUGGGAAUCUAAGGCUUAUCAUUAUUAAGAUGAAAACUCCUCUAAGGGCUACUGUGGCAUCUCUAUUUAUUUUCCUCUUAGCAAAUCAUUGAAUUAGCUGAGACACCUCCCACCUUCCCUCUUUUCCUCCUUGAUGGUACAGCAUGGAAUAUUUGCUAGGGAUUUGGGCUCAAACAAUGUUGCUGGUGCCAUGGAUGCUAGAGCACCUAUUAGUUGCAAUAUUAUGCUAUAUAGCCCACCUCUUCAUGUGUUAUGCUGAGAUUUCAGUCAUACUACGGGAAUCUGAGAAGUUGUACCAUCAACCCCUAUGUAUGAACAGGGUAAAGUAUUUCAAUGUCAGGGAUAUGGUACUGAGUGGAAAAGGUUAUUUUGUGUUUGCCAGGAAAAAAGAGAUCAUUGCCUGGAUAUUGUAUUGUGGUAGGCAUGAUUCACUGUCUCCAAUGCAGUUUCCAUUGUCUCCAUUGGCUUUUUUACUGGAAUUUUCUUCGCAUGACGGACUAUAAAAAUACAAGUUAA